AUGAAGAGGAGCGGAAACAGAGAGGAAGAAGAGACGGCAACUCGUGCGCAACGGAGAACGCGCGCACGGCACAGCUAUCUCCAGACGAUCUUCACCCUGCACCUUUGCGCGCAGGCUUUUUUCAUCCUUCCUUUAUCUCCCUCCAACUAUCGUCUGCAAUCCGAGACGUGGAACCUGUGCGCGUCCACGACAGGCACGUGUUCGUUUGCGCGCCUGUUGACCCGACUCCUCCAUCAUCAAUCCAAUGAGCGCAGCGCAGGGGAGGCUCUGUUCGCCAUCGCGCGUCUCUCUCCCAUCCCCUGCUCACUUCUUUUCCAGUCGGCCAGCGAGCAAGCCCGUGUCGGAGCUCCCCCUCACGCAAACUGCCUCCGUGCACGACAGCCAGCCACGACUAUAGGCAGCACUCGCGUUUGCAAAAAGGAUUUCUACUGCCUGCUCUCCACGCACCGGAGUUUUGGCUUUACGUUCACGUAUGAGGGGAAAUCAUGCAGCAGCGCGGAAGGAUGCAGGUCUCAUUGUAGUCUCCCAAUCCGCCGGAAUACUUCCAAAUGGAUGCUGCUGAGCUGGAGCACCUCGCCGCUUCUUUACCCACUGCUAUGGACCAACGCCAAUCCAUGCAAGUGA